AUGACGAAUUCAUCAGCCCAAAGUCCUGUAUUCUACAAAAUAUUAACUUCUGGUAUGAAAGAGUCCAAAGAAAAUAGUCUUACAUUUUCGGAUUCUACUGACACUGAUAACUGCUUCUGUUCGUUUACAAGGGAAAAAUGGGACAAAGCUGAAACAGACGCUGAACUCGCGCUAAAAUUGUGCAAGUUUGCCCAUGUAUAUCAAAUUGAUCAAUUGAAAACAACGUGUGAAUAUAUUUUAGUUAUCAGUUAUAUUACAGCAACAAACAAGUGCUUUUAUUACAUGUGUGAGAUGAGUGAGGAAAAUAAAGACGGAAAGAAUGUAUUAUUUACAUUCAAAUAUACUUUUGAAAAAAUCGGAUUUACAAAAGAAGGAAUGAAUUCACCUAAAUUUGAAACAUCCAAAAUUCCAGAUGUUAAAUUUUCAAUUUCCGUUCGUAUAGCUAAUAAGUCUAAGAUGUACGUACAAAACGAUAUUAGAAAAGCUGUUUCAAUAAUAAAAAUAGACUACGGUGAAUUAAAUUCAACUAAAAGCGUUGUUGAUUGGAAAGAUAUAUUAUCUUUUGAUAAAUUGAAUAUUCCUUUUGAUUUUGACGUUUGCGAUAAAAAAGAUAAUCCAGAUUUUUGUGAAAGAAAACGAAAUCACUUGUAUACGGUGACAAUAAUUUGGAACGGAUUCGUUAAAGACUUAUUGUAUUGUUCAGAUGUCAGCAGUAUACUGAAAAAUGGUAAUAACAGUAAAGAAUAUAUCGACAUGAUUAUUAAAAUUGAAGACAUUGUAUUGCCAGCUCAUAGAAUUAUAAUGUCAGCCCAAGGACCUGUAAUCUCGAAAAUGGUAACUUCUAUGAAAGAGUUGAAAAUAAAUAGUAUUACAUUUCAUUACAAGGGAAAAAUGGACAAAGCUAAAACAGACCUUGAACUGACUUUCAAAUUAUCCGAAUUUGCGCAUGAGUAUCAACAUGAUAAAUUGAAAACAACGUGUGAAUAUAUUUUGAUUACAUUACCUUCAUCGAAAAGAAUGCUGCUGAGAUGCGUAAAUAUGCAGCACCUGAGCUACCACCAAGCUUGGGUUCCACUGGGUCAUCUUGUGAGGCAACUUCUAGGGCACCUCAGACAACAUCAAAAAUGCUCCCAACAAGCUCACAAUUCG